AUGUCGAGCCUCAAAGAUAUCAUGGAUGUAGACGUGGAACCCUUCGAAUCCCAAGCCUAUAGAAGGUCCAGGGAAGCCGCACAACAACAAGCCUCCUUCCCUCCCAUCGCUCCAUCAACCGAGACCCCAUCUCCUCCCGUCGAUGAUAUCAACACAGGAAAGACUACCAUCAAGCGGCGCAGAUCCAAUCGAGUCUCCAGUUCUACUGGGCAGCCCACAGCAGCUCGGCAAGGCAUAGCACGACGGCGAAGCAGUGCCACAGGAGAAGAUAUGGAUUUCACUUCUGUGUAUCAAGCUGGAGGAUCGAACCAGGCGAGCAACUCAGGAAGUCCUCAGCAGUCAUCCAGAGGUUCAGAGCCAGCGACGGAUAUGCCAGUGAAAUAUACACCGGUAACGGGACGAAUCAGUCGAGCAAAGAAAGGUGUUCCAGUCCAUACAUGUGACAUAUGUCGACCGGUCAAGACUUUCACAAGAGCGGAACAUUUGAGACGUCACCAAUUGAGCCAUCAGAAGCCUGCAUACCCAUGUACCUUUGAGGAUUGCGAGCGAGCAUUCCAUAGACCAGAUUUACUUGCUCGGCAUCUACAUAGACAUGAAACACAAGGAGAAAAGCCAUACAAAGCUGGAGACCACCGGAGCAGUAGAGCGUCUUCAACCGACACAGAAAGUAGGACGCCAGAUUUGAAAGUAGAACCUCCAGCUCUCGGCAUUGCCAUGCAGGCCUCUCCGACCGAUUCCAUGACUCCUAGGACUAGUGGGAGUGGUGAAAGCUCCAUGACUACUACGGGUUUCAAUACAAUCACCAGUAGCUUUCAAGCUGUGAACUUCUCUCCGGCCUCUGGCAAUAAGAGAUCAGCAACCCAAGCCCAGCUCCCUGAUUCGGAUGGAUACCCGAGUACUUCACCUGGACCAAGCACAUCUAGGACAACAGGAUCAUUUGAUAGAAUGCCGGACCAGAGCAAUUUCAGUAGUGAUGUCCAGCAGGUAUUUGGAGACGCGUUCGGAGAGGGAGGCACUUCUCAAUUCACGAACUAUACUACAGCUCCACAGCAGCCUCUUCUUCCCCUUCUGAGAAUUCCAGAGGAGAAUUGGAUCCCCGGCCUGUCCUACAACAACUCUCCUUGGUGCUCAUCCGCAUCAGACAGCACCUACUCCACUCAAUCAGAUUGCUCCCGAAACGGGCCACACUUGAUUCCAAGAGACAGGUCUCAAUCAAUAGCCACACUUCCUGAUUGGCCACUAUCAGCAGGUACUCACUGGUCCCCCCACGGUCUAAGCACAACUCCCCAAGAGAUCCGGAGUCCGGGAUAUGAUGCCGUUUUAGAACGAUAUGAGACACAUACUCCAUUUGCCUCUCCUCGAAUGAACUCGCCGAUUUCAUCUCGAGGACAGCUCUUGGAUGUGCCCAAUUCUUAUGGGAACUUUUUCAUGGAAACAGUGGGUACUCCAGCCCUCUCGACGUAUAUAAGCAAGCCUUUGGCUCAACAUUUUCCAGCAUCCCCUUCAAGAACUUCAAACCCCGGAUUGGACAUCCUUAGAGGAAAGAAGGACUUGGUGGAGUCCCACCAUUUAGGCACCUUCCCUAUCAACUCCACAUCUGCCUUUCAGCAAUCUCAACCCCAACUCGACAUGUACAUUUCUUGCUACUGGCAGUCCUUCGACAGUUUCUUCCAUAUCAUACACCGACCUACUUUCGAUCUCAUUGACCAUAAUUUACUCAAAUCCGCCAUGGCUGCGAUAGGAACCCAAUAUCACGAUUCUCCCGAGGCACGCGCAAAAGGAGCCGAACUGAACGAUUAUUGCAAGAAGAAUAUCGAACUGUGUCUGAAUUGGGACCUCCAGACGAUGCAGGCAAUCUUGCUUACCGAGAUAUUUACCCGUUUUCGAGGUCGUAAAACGAACGUUCGAUUGUCCCGCCACUUUGAAGAACUAUAUACUAGACUUCUGGAUGAAUCUGAUCCAAGCAAUAGAACGAUGUCCAACCAAAGCCCCGGCGAUGCUUCCUCAGCUGAUGCUCUCCUUGAUCGCUUUGGAGCGCAAGCAAAUUUACAAGCAUCGAAAAGCUCUAGCCCGAAUGGCGAUUGGUACUCGUGGGUUGAAACUGAAUCCAGGCAAAGGCUUCUCAGUGGCUGUUUCAUCUUUGAUAUCCAUCAAUCUAUGUAUCAUCAGCAACCCAGGUCUAGGGUUCCUCGCGACCUGUCAAGCUCUCUUGUGUGCCAACCAUGUCCGGAGAGCCUUUGGACCGCCAGUAACCCCUCUGAAUGGCAAACACAGAGAUCGAGCUCGGACAUUCAGCCAAUUCAUCUGAUUGAAAAAGACAUGGAUCAAUCCAUUCUUACCCCGCUUUCAUUUACCCAAACCCUUCAGAUCUGCUGGUUUGUUUCGCGGCUUCCGUUUCGAGAUGAUCCCACGCAUCCCAACGAGCAUUUCCCGCAAGCCAUGCAUCCCGAUAUCGAGAACUUCAUGUAUCUGUUCCCCAACACUCCACUUGCGCACUCGUACAUGGCACUGUACCACACACCGCUUCAUAGUCUUUUGGCCGUUGCAGGGGACACCUGGCUGUUCGCACAGAAGCUCAGUCCACCAUCUGCUUUCCAGGCUGCCCUGUCGAAGCUGAAGGCAUGGUCCAGUUCUCUCGCCGCAGCGCAAGCUGCUCACCACGCCUGCGAGCUGAUUGCUCAGACACUCUCUCAACCUCUUACAUUCUCAUCUGAUGGUAACAUGACGACCACUCUCUGUUGUAUAACCGACUACUGGGCUCUCUACGUCUCUGCCCUCAUCUGCUGGGCUUUCGGGCACCGCUAUCAAAGCUUAAACGCAAGCGGGGCCUCUGGAACCCUCACUCGCAGUAGCUCUUCCACAGAGAUCCGAUCCAUGGACACGGAUGAUACACCGCUCUCUGAUGACCUCCGCCUUAAAGUCCUCACUUACACCAACGGAAUGUUAGAGCUCCCUGUUGAUGAGCUGCUGACGAAUAAGGCGAGGAUGAAAGGCGAAACCGCCGGUAUCAUUGAUGCUGUUCGACAACGCCUAGAGAUUGAGAGUGUCGGCAACAAGUGUGGACUUCUUGUCGAUGCCAUUGUUGUGCUUACAAAACUCCGGAAGGCGGGUGGCAAGACACAUUGGUUCUAG